AUUAUUAUUUGUCUUACUGUCGUGAAAUCGCAAUUUCUUUGAUUUUCAUUUAGGGUGUUGUGCGGAAAUAGUAACAGACAAUUUAAAAUCGUAGACUUUCUAGCAUUGUAUGUUUAGUCGUGUUUUCAAUUAAUACGAUUGGAACUACAAUAUUUUAAAUUGCAGAUAUUCGCAAUAUUGAGACUGAAGAGCCUGCAGCAUGGACAGAAUGAACAUAAAAGUUAAUGAAAAUAAUGUUAAUGUAAAACCGAGUAAAGCGAAUUCCAUCGAAGCAUUCUACGAUAAUACUGCGAUCUUUGUGACUGGAGCGACAGGUUUUGUAGGGCAAGGCAUCUUGGAGAAACUAAUGCGUAUAUGUCCAGGUAUAGCAGCCAUUUAUAUUCUCCUUCGUCCGAAGAAGGAGCAAACGAUAAAACAACGAUUUAAGAAGCUCAUUGAUGAUCCAAUUUAUGACAACGUCAGAGUAAAGCAUCCUUCGAUUUUGAGCAGGAUUCAUCCCGUAGAGGGUGACGUUAGCCUGCCAGAUUUAGGUCUUUCAUCGGCAGAUAGAACUACGUUGAUAAAAAAUGUGAAUAUAGUAUUCCAUGUUGCUGCCACAGUGAGGUUCAACGAACCUUUGAAUGUGGCUGUUAAUACAAAUACAAAAGGUACUGCUCGUAUUAUGGAAUUGUGUAAGGAACUGAAGCAUUUAAUUAGCGUCGUUUACAUUAGUACAGCUUAUAGUAAUGCCAAUAUACUUGAGAUCGAGGAAAAAGUUUACACCACGAGUUUCAAACCAUCUACAGUAAUCAAUAUGUGUGAAACAGGAGACCAAAAAUCGAUCGAUUUAUUAGAAGACGAAAUUCUAAGAAUUUAUCCCAACAUGUAUACGUUCAGCAAAAAUCUGGCAGAACAAGUUAUAUCCAACAAUGCCGAUAGUUUGCCAGUUGCGAUAGUGCGACCAAGUGUAAUUGGUGCUUCGCUAAAGGAACCAUGUCCUGGUUGGGUGAACAAUAUCUUUGGACUUACAAGUAUCUUUAUGCUAGUUGGCAAUGGUAUUAUAAGAGCGAUGCUAGUCAAAAGGAGUAAAAGACUGAAUCUAGUACCUGUUGAUUACGUGGUCGACAUGAUAAUAUGCGCCGCAUGGCACGUAACCUUAUACCGAAACAAUGAAGUUAAAGUGUAUAAUUCUACGAGUAAUGCACACCCAGUGAGAUGGAAUCAAAUGAGAGAUAUUCUCGUGCAGUGUAGUAGAGAAACGCCGAUGAACAACAUAAUGUGGUACCCCUUCUGUAUAUUGGUACCUAAUCAAUAUGGUUACAAUGUUUUGGAUAUAUUUCUGCAUAUUUUGCCUGCGUUCUUCAUGGACAUCUUUCUGAAACUUUCCGGUAGAAAACCAAUGAUAAUGAAAACUAGUAAGUUCUUCAAUCAGGUGGUUAGAUCUGUAAAAUUCUUUGGCCAGCACGAAUGGACUUUCCACCAGGACAACGUCACCGAUAUGAUACAGAAAGUGAAACUAUUGAAAGACAGAGAUAUCGUUAAACUGGAUCUAUGGGAUAUGGAUUGGAAGAAAUACAUGACAACAUACGUGAUGGGAAUUGAAAAAUUUAUUCUAAAAGAGGACUCUAAAUCUAUAGAUGCAGCCCAAAAACGAUUAUUAUUUUUAUAUUGGGUACACCAGAUAACUCAGGUGUUUGGUGUAGCUGUCCUUUUAGCAAUCAUGUUAUACGUUGUAUACUGACUGCCUGAAAAAUAUCUUUCUUGCUAAAAUUAAAACUAAAGUAAGUAGAAUUUUACAAGUCGGCAACAAAUCUUUAUGUACAGUGGGUGUAGAAAGUAUUCGUACAUCGAUCGAUUUCAAACAAAACUUGGUGAAAUGGUAGUUUAUUAACAAUUUUUUUAUUAAACAAUGAGUUUGUACAUAUUUUCGGAAAUCUCUAGAAUAGAUUGCAAUGCAAAAGAAAAUGUUUAAUUUGCAUAAUUUCUGCGAAAUUAACAAGGAAAAACAAAAUAAUGAAGGCAGAAAUGUACAAGCAAUAAAUAUUUGUACAGUUUCUAUUUCGAUCUGCUUACAAGAGAAUUUAUAACGUAAACAUAUUUCACCACUGCUUCAUAACUGUGAUUAAUGUUGUCAGUAUGUUUGUAUACGUUAUCGGCAUCAAACAAGUUUAAAAUUCUGCAGUAUUUAAAAUUAUCGUUAAAAAAAAUGGGACGAAAACGUGUGGAAACUACGAUAGAAGAAAGAAAAGUGAUUGUUAAUUUACAUAAUCAUUGUAAAAGUUUAUCGGAAAUUUCGCGGAUUAUAAGCAGACCUCACUUAUACUAUACAAAGUAUAAUUGAUAGGUAUGAACAAAAAAACAGACUACAAAAUAACUCAAGAAAUGAACGUCCACGAAAAUUUAAUCGGUAUACUGGACGAGUUGUUAUUAGAAUGAUAAGGCAAAAUACAAAAAUAAGUGCAACAAAAAUAGUUGACCAUCUUAAAUAUAAUUUAGACAUUAAUGUAUCUGUUAGUACUGUGCGUAGUUUUUUACGAAGCCAAGGGUAUCACGAUCGAGUGACCGGUAAUAAAUAUUUUGUAUCUGAAGCGAAUAAAAAGAAGAGAUCGCAGUUCGCAAAUAAUAAUAUCAACACAUCACAUGGAGUACUGGAAUAAAGUAAUUUUCACAGACGAGAGUAAAUUCAAUAUUUUCGAAUCUGAUGGACACUGUACUUUGUUUGGAGAAAAAAAAAAAAAAAAAAUGAGGAAUUGAAACCAGCAAACUUACGGCCU